UUUUGUAAUGCUUCUUGUUUUAAUAUUUUAAGCGCGUCCUUCACCUAAGUUUGUUUUUUUUAAAUUUAUUUAUUUUAUUAAACUGCAUAUGAGUCAUCCCACUACCCGCAUGCCCGGAAAGAAAGAAAGAAAACCAUGGCAACCGGUUCAUUCCCCUCUUUUCACCACCCUCGAAAGCAGGGGGGCGUUCAUAUGUUGUGUCAAUGGAAUUUUGAGGGUUUUUACACAUCCCAUAUUUUAAUUGCACCCCCCACAACCACGAUACCACGAUUCAUUUCAUAUCACAAUAACCCCCCACACCCACCGACGUCCCACCUGCACGCCCCCUCCCCCUAAACUACCCACUUUCACUUUCCCUUUUUCCACAUCAACAACUAAACCCGGCUCUUACCAUCACCGAACUUUCUACGUCUUUUUCCUCAUCACUCACUAUUUUCCACUCACUCCACAGCAAAGCCAUGAAACCGCACCCCCCUGAAAACCACACCCACCACUCACACCCACCCCCCACAAAACCCUCCACCCCCUCCCCCUCCCGCUCCUCCCCCCUCUCCCACCUGGGCACCCUAACAACGCUAUUUUCCUUGGUAACGCUGUACUCAUCGUUACUCACGCCGGAUUGGCUGACUUUGCAAGAGCCGAUCCUGGACCCCACGGAGGUCGAGAAGCUGGGGCCAUAUGAUGAUGACCCUAAGCCGCACCUCCUAAAAUCCAAGCUGGGCCUGUUCCGAACGUGUACGAGUUUCAAGCAGGAAACCUCCUGCGUGGGUCUGGAUUUCAAAAAAAUUCUGGACACGUGGGAACUGUUCGAAAAUUUCGGGGGCAAGAAUUACGGGGACUCGGAACUCGUUUUAGGCUGCGUCAACCGCGUGAGAUUAACGCUCCCGUUCAUCCUGAGCUCCGUGUUUUUCACGACUUUGGCGUUUUUCACGUUGAUUUUUGGAACGUUUUGUACGAAAAAUAGGAAAAUCAUCGAGGCGUCGCUGCUGAUUUUGGCGGGACUCUGCCAAGCGACGGCCCUCUUGACGUUCGUCUCCCAGAUCGGCUCAGAAUUUGAAUCCAAUAAUUUUUACCACACCCACUCGGACUCCUCCCCUUUGCACACCCCCCCUCAAAUCCUCCCCCCCAAACUCUCCUCCCACUACCGCUACAAGUAUGGUUACUCAUUUUACCUAUUUUUACUCUCUUUCUCCUUAUCCGAGCUCGCCGCGCUGUUCGACAUGGCCGCGUAUUUCCGGAAACAGCGCGCUUCUGCCGCGCCCCCGCUAACCCACGUGACUCAUGACGAAAACUACGGGAUGGACCGGCUCGGGCAAUGCGAAGUUUAUACAAAAAACCCGGACAUUUGCGAGAAUUUCCAUGGAGAUUAUAUAAUUCCACAAAAUGAGAGUUAUUUCAUAAAUCCGGAGGUUGUCAUAGUGCGGCAGGAACAGAGGGAUUUUUAUGGAACCACGGGGGGGAGGGGGAAGGGGGGGAAUAAAUUAAAUAGUUUAGAGUCUUUUGCUACCAUGGGGAGAGGGGGGAAUUUUAGAGGGGGUAAUAAUUCCGAGGGGAUGAAUAGAUUGUAAAACCAUGGUGAUGUUUGUUUAUUUUUGGGAUAAUAAAAAAAGUGUCUGUUUUU